AUGAGUGAAUCUUAAAAUCCUAAAUUAUGCAUUGAUAAUAUUUUAGAAUCUUUACCUUUUGAAAUUAUUCAAGUAAAAUAAUAUAUUAAAAUUAGUAAAGCAGGAGAAGAAAUAGAAAUUUAUAAAAUAUUAAAGAUAAGAAUAGCAAACAUUAAUCUAAAAUAUUUUAAAGAUCAAUAAGUGAAGACAAAGAAUAAGUAAAAUCAAUAUUUAUAAUUUAAAGAUUAAGAAUCAGAGUUAUAAAGAUUAAAAAAACCCAGCAAAAUCUAAAGAUGAUUAACCUCUUACAUAGCAGGAAUAAUUUGAAUAUAAAUUAAUUCAAGUAGAAAUAAGUGAUUUUGUUAUUAUUGAAAGAUGCAAAAAUGGACAUGAUAUUUAUUUAUUAUAGGAAGAAGAUUGGAAAAAAAUAAUUUCAUAAAAAUCCUUUUAAGGUUUCAAUUUUCUUGAUAUACAUGUUUCAUUAUUGAAAUAAAAUUUAUUUUUUUAAGAGAGAAGAGAAUUAUGGCAAUUUUUUUGUUCAGUUGAUGUAAUAUAAGAAAAAAUUGAAUAAACAAAUAAAACUUUUUAUUAAUAUUCUAAGUUACAUAACAAUUUUCUUGAAUAAAUUGAUAAGGACAUUCCUAGAACUUUAAUUGGGUGUGAAUUUUUAGCAAAUGUAAAUAAUCUAAUUUCAUAUUAAGUAAGAAAAUACUUAAAGUUUAAGAAAUAUAUUAAUGGCAUAUGCUAAUUAUGACCCAGAUUUGGGAUAUACUUAAGGAAUGAAUAUUAUUGCUGGAAAUUUAUUAGUUUGUUUUGAUCUCUAAUCAAAUGAUAAUUAAUUUUUAGAAGGUAAUUUAUUUUUAUAAAUGUUUCUAAGGUGUAGAAAUAUAUGACCCAAAAAGAGAUGAACUUGUAUUUUAUAUAUUCAUCUACAUCAUGAUAGAAUAAAAUUGGAGAUCUAUUUUUUUACCAGGAUUUCCUGGACUUAUUAGAAUGAUGAAUGCUCUUGAAUCUCAAUUCAAAACUGAUUUGCCUCAACUUUAUUAACAUUUUUAAGAUCUUGGUAUAGAUUUGAAUAUUUGCUUCUAAUAUUAAUAUUUGACUUUACUUAUGUAUGGAAUCUCUUGGAAAAUAAGCAGAAUGAUAUUUGAUAUUUUCUUUUUUGAGGGUGAACAAAUAAUUCAUACAUUUAUUAUUGGAAUGCUCAAAUAUUGUUAAGAUACUUUAUUGAAACUUUAAACAUUUGAAGACAUUGUUAAAUUUUGUAGAAAUGAUAUGAUAUUAUAGUUUUAUGGUUUAUUUUCUAUCCAUUUAGAUGGAAAGAAAGAUCUUACAAAUACAUUAUUUAAUUUAGGAUUCAUUAAAUAAUAUGGAUUAAUAAAAGAGAACAAUUUAGAAGUUACUAAAAAUAUUAACACAAAUUAGAAUAAAUAAAAUGAUAGUGGAUAAAUAAAUAGAAUAGGAAAAUUUAUAAAAUAAUUUUUUAGAAAGCCAUGA